AUGACCGAUCUUGGUUAUGGUGUAACUUGCACUUUACGUGCUAAUCGUAUUAGCAACUGCCCAAUACCAUCAGAAAAGGAUAUGAACAGAAUGCCACGUGGUUACUGUGAAUCAUUCGUUUCAGAUAAUGAAGAAUGUAGUAUUGUGGCUUGGAAGGAUGCAAAAAGAGUUUUAUUAGGAUCUGAUUUUGUUGAUGAAGAUCCAAAUGUUAUGUUAAAACGGUGGUGCAAACAUCAGAAAGUUUAUGUGGAAGUUCAAGCACCACAAAUUGUUGAUUGUUAUAAUAAACAUAUGGGUGGUGUUGAUACAUUGGGCAUGAUGGUUGCAUUACAUCCAAUUCAAUUUCGUUCCAAAAAAUGGUAUACAAUAAUUAUUUGGCGUAUAUUUGAUUUAAUGGUUAUUAAGUCAUGGAUUUUAAUGAAAAAUAUUAGUGACUUUCUUGCAGAUGUUAAUGGCGCAGCAAGUGGAGAAAAUUCCCAAACUCAUUUUACUUCACCACUAUCAUCAACAACAAACACAUCAUAUCUUCAUUUACAAUCAUCUGAUGAGGAAAACGAUAACGAAAUCCAUGUAUCAAGAAAACGAAAGCGUGAAUACCAAUUAGCUGUUGUCAAAGAAUUGUGUUUUAAUGGCUUUAAUUAUUUACCAAAAUUUAUUCAAACAAAAAAUGCUAGUCGUUGCAAAAAUGAAGAAUGUGAACAAAAACACGUUGGUAUUGCAUAA